GCGGGGCGUGCGUGGCGGGGCCGAGCUGACCGUUCCUUUGGAGAAGAAAAACCUCAAGAUGGCAAGCAAACAAAGUAACACAGACUGCAUGUCAUGCAGUGUACUGAACUGGGAGCAGGUCAGUCGUCUGCAUGAGGUUCUUACAGAGGUGGUUCCAAUCCAUGGUCGAGGUAACUUCCCAACUCUGAAGAUAACUCUGAAGGACAUUGUUCAGACUGUUCGGACCAGGCUGAGUGAAGCUGGCAUUGUGGUACGUGAUGUCCGUCUGAAUGGGUCUGCAGCUGGUCAUGUCCUGGUCAAAGAUAAUGGGCUGGGGUGCAAAGAUCUGGAUCUCAUUUUCCAAGUUUCUCUUCCAAGUGAGGCAGAGUUUCAGUUAGUUCGAGAUGUGGUGUUGCGGUCCCUCUUGAAUUUCUUGCCAGAAGGAGUAAGCAAGCUGAAAAUCAGUCCAGUAACACUGAAGGAAGCUUACAUUCAGAAGCUAGUCAAGGUGUACACAGAGUCUGACCGCUGGAGCUUGAUAUCGCUUUCCAACAAACAUGGCAGGAACGUGAGUCAGUUGUUAGACUGCAUACGGCGGCAGUUUGAGUUCAGUGUGGACUCCUUCCAAAUCAUAUUGGACUCCCUGCUCUUUUACUAUGACUACUCAGAGACCCCCAUGUCAGAGCACUUCCAUCCAACCGUGAUUGGGGAGAGCAUGUAUGGAGACUUUGAAGCAGCUUUUGAUCACCUCCAGAACAAGCUGAUAGCUACCAAAAAUCCUGAAGAGAUCCGAGGUGGUGGUCUUCUGAAGUACAGUAAUCUCUUAGUACGAGACUUCAGGCCCAUGGAUAAGGAUGAGAUCAAAACCUUAGAGCGCUACAUGUGCUCCCGAUUCUUCAUAGACUUCCCAGACAUCCUAGAUCAGCAGCGCAAGCUAGAGACCUACCUCCAGAACCACUUCUCCAAAGAAGAGAGGAGCAAAUAUGACUACCUCAUGAUCCUGCGCAGGGUGGUGAAUGAGAGCACAGUCUGUCUAAUGGGACAUGAGCGAAGGCAGACUCUCAACUUGAUUUCUCUGCUAGCAAUCAAAGUCCUGGCAGAACAAAACAUCAUCCCCAAUGCCACUAAUGUCACCUGUUACUACCAGCCAGCACCUUAUGUUACUGAUGUUAACUUCAGCAAUUACUACCUUGCCAAUGCUCCUGUGCCUUACAGCCAGUCUUACCCUACUUGGCUGCCUUGCAACUGAUUGUUCUGCUUCAGUGUUGAGUGGAGGCUACUGAAGGCCCAGAUGCUGAGCGUGUAUAUAGACAAGCAAUAACUGUCAGUUGGAGGCUUUCUAAUGGCAAUGUGGCUGCGUUGGACUGUUGGUUUCCUGGUGUGCUAUAGGAAUAUGCAGCCAGGGGACCUGCAAUGGACCUUUCAGUAUCUCUUUACAAAUGCCAAGAAGCCUCUGCUGGUUACCUCUUCGUUAGGAGAAGAGAACCAGCAGCCAGAUGUUGAGAGGAGUAGUAACUCUGUACUAGUUCUGGAAGUGGAGUAUUCACUAAACUGAGUUAGUUAAUAGAAGAAAAACUGUAAAAUGCCUCAAGCCAGGCAGAAGCCAGCCCUGGAACAGCAGCAAAACUGUGCUUUCUAUUGCUUAACCUCAUUGCCCUACACUUCCUCACUUCAAGUGCUGGCCAACUUUCUAUUGAAUUAAUUGUGCAAGAGUGGGCUCAUGUCAUGCUUGGACUGCUUCUGCUUUCUGGCUGUGUAGAGCUGGUAACUGAAAGGAUACUGUCUGUCUUGUAGGGGGCCUAAGUGUUGUGUCCUGUAUUACCUAGGGGUUUAUGGUCCUGCCUCAAGUUCAAGAUAAACUUAUUGGAAGUUGAAGAUGGAUUAUUAGCAUAAGCUGGCUAACUUUUUCUUGAGUGCAAAAACUUUGAUAGUGGGGUCUCUAAACAUGCACCAAAAUACAACCUAAGACUUGCUAAUGUGAAAGGCCCUUGAAAUUAGGGACUGGAACCACAGUUGGACUAGUUAGCAUGGGAAAACUCCUAAGUGCAGGAUCAAGAUAAAACUUCUGACUGCAUCUUUCAAAACCAUUUUUGGCACAGUUGAAAAGCACUGCAGCUCUUACACCAAGGUUUAAUGCAGCUUUCCUCACAGGUCCACAGCUAAAAGAAACAAAAGCUCCUCAACAACAAAAAUCAGACCCACAAACCUCCCCUAAGCCACUGUAAGUAGCAGGAUGAUGUGCAUUCCUACCACAGUAUGAAUUCCUGAAGUGCAUCCUAAAAAUACACUUGUCCUUGUAGAACUUUAGGCAGGCCCUGAAGGCUUGUCUUGCUGAUAGCACUUAUGGAGUGAGUUUACUAGUUUACUGCUAUCACCCCAUCACUGUCUGAGAUGAUAUUUUGAGUGUUUAAAGUCUAUUUUUUUUCUUCUACUGGUGUUAACCCUAAUUUGAAGAGGUAUAUAAACCCUAAGCAGAGCUCUCCGCAGAAGUUGAAAGUCUGUCCCUGGUUUUGGAAUAGCCUCUGGAAGAGUAUCUACUCCUUUGGAGAUGUAGUGGGCUGAAAUUCCCAAAGGAUGUGUGCUGAACUUGCUGCUUUGAGGCUCCUGCGCCUUAUAUGGAAGGCUAAAAUUUCCCCACUUACACCUAUAUGGUGGUACUACUACGUUAACUGGGUAACUUUCACUGAAUUGCAGGAGUAAAAUACAUCGAGUAAAUGAUCUUGAGUUUCCUUUGCUUAUCCAGAGAAGUAGACUAAAAAGGCAUAUCUUAGAGCUAUUUACUAUGUUCUGGUGCAAUGCUUAAUACUUGUUUCCUGAGCUUUUUAUGACUUCUAGCUGUCUCUGCAAGCUUGUGAGACCAAAGUGCCUGACCAAAUGAACGAUUUGCACUUAAAGCCAAAUGUGGCCAAAACACCGAUACAGAGUUGCUGUUCAAGGUGGAAAACAGCAGCAGUGCAGCACUUACAUGGCAAUACAACCCUGACUGUUCUUCAUAGGACCAACACCUAGUAACAUUGCACAUGCCAGCAUUGUCAUGGAUGUUAAUCUUGGUGCAGGCUUACUGCUUGAAUGCAAAGCUGGUUAUGCAUAACUUCUGCAUGCAAGGCAAUGCUUGGUUUAGUGUAGCAUGCCACUGAAAAGAAGGAAUCAUUUUGCUUGUGUCAUAGUUAUUGUUUCUUAAGUAGCUGUUUUUAGGGCCAACCCAAGCUAUACCGGUUGCAGAAGUGAACCAGUGCCUAGAGGGACAUGCUUUAUUUGCAUGCCAGAUAGCUCAGGCUUCUGUAUCUUUGUUGUGCAAUCCCGUGGCUGAUCUUUAGAAACUGUUCCUGUACAUGAGCUCAUGUAGAAGUGGUCAGAUGCUCAGGAGGAAUCUUUGCAGACUUGAAACUGACAAGCUUAAAUUUUAUUAAGUCUUUGAAUGGCUUGCCUGAUGAACAUCAGGCUGGGGCAUCUGUUGGAAAAAGAAAGUAUUAGAAGGAAGGCUCUAAUGUGUUCCGACUGAGCUACUGAGAAUUCAAGCUUCCUGCCAUAAAGACUGUGUUUUUGCUAGUAUAACAUUACUUGGGCCUCUGAGUGAGCUUUAUGUUUAGUGACUGUUCUCUGAACAGCUGGCUUGAGGGGUUUAAGCUUUGCAGUACUGCUGUAUGCCCUGCCUGGCUCUUAAAUGGCUCUGGUGUAUUGAGUCUUAGUAUUGUAGCCUGGAUAUCAAGCUCUUGAAUAGUUAAACUUCAUGCUGAAGCUGCAGACUACCUUCUGCAUCGGCCCUACUGUAUAAGGAAUUGAUGGGCCACACUGUCUCCUUGCCUUCCAAUAAUCCUGGCUUGGCACUUAGAGCUGGAAUACUCAGUAGCUUUUCAUCACUGCUGCAAGCAGUCUACCCCUUUCUGUUUUAAGUUGUCCUAGCAGGCUGAUGUUGCAUGUGGCAGCAGCUUCAUUUUGAUCUGUACAAGCUAGUUUGAGUUAAGAUUUUAUGGUGGCCUCUGUAACAAAGAGUAACAUGAGAAUGAGUGUCAGGUUGAAGUUACUAAUGCCCCUGUGCUGAAUCUAAGGUGCCUGCUUGAUUCUGUCUGCUGUUAGUACUUAAUGCUGCUGCAAACCUACUCUGUUCUGUUGUUCAUUUGCGUCAAGUGGAGGUUAGAGAAAGACUGCUCUGCUUCAGACUGUUACCAUUCCCUCUAGGCAGUGGCAUCAGAUCCAAGCUGCAGUAACACUAGGUUUUUGUAUCACUGCAUCGUUCCUCAGGACUAGGCUUCUACUAAACUAGACUGUGUGGUUUAAAAUAGCUGUUUUCUUCCUGUGGCUUAACUUCUGGUGGGCUAAGUCGGUCUGAGGUUAAGCAUCUGUUGUCAGUAUUUACUGCCAAGUUCUGUUUGAUUACAGUUCAUUGGUCUAAUUUCUUCAUCAGCUCUUUUAGUGUUGUGUUGUUUUUUUUUAAUAAAGAUGCUACCAAAGAUCUAGACUGGGGUUUAGUCACUUUUGGAAAAUCCCCAUACUGAUCCAUGGCCACUUAGAAAAGUUGUAACCUUAAAGCAUACUUUAUGCUCCUGUGGCUCAAGAUUUAAUUAUUGCUGUGUUUUUCUUCAGCUAGUUCAGUCAGUCACUAAGCCAGAGGCUGAAGACUACUGCUUGCUUUUGAGCAGCCAUUUCUGCAGAGUUCUUCACAGUUUUCAUAUCUAGGAAGCAGUAGGCCAUAUUUAAGUCUAAUCUAAAUGCCUAAGGCUUUUUAGUGAAACUUAAAGACUGAGUUCUGGGGUUAAACACUUGGUAUGUUUCAUGUCUAGGUUUUGUGGGUUUCUGAUCACAAGAAUAACCACUAAUUUUGAUAGUAAUCUCAGCCUGUUACUAUAUGAGAACUUGGGAAUAGGCCUCUUAGGAAAGAACUUCAAUUUUCAGCUGUUAGUGUACUUGUUUACUAUCAUCCUCACUGAACCUAUUCAAUCAGGGUGCUUAUUUCUAGGCAGGAAUAAGCAGUAAGUUGACCACGGUCACUGAAGACUUGGUCUAAUUUGGGCAUUGGGAGGGCCAGAUGGAUAGUAAUAAUUCUAGCCCUUGCAUCCAAGUUGUACUCAACCAUUUGUUAGAUAAGGUGAAAUACAUUUCCUGUGUUCUUGAACUUUGGUGGAACUAGUUAUGAGGUGGGAUGCUGGGCUCUGUGGGGAAAUUAUUGGAGCACUUUCUCACUAGUAUGGGAAGAGGCCACUCAGUGAUGUGUGUAAAUUGGGCUUGUCUCUUUCAGAUUAAAAUUGUACUUUCUGUUGACAUUUAGAAGGCUUUUUUUCUGUUGUUUUUUAGGUUUUUUAGUUGUUAAAAGAAGUCUUUGGAGGAAGUGAGGUGUGUUUUUUGUUUUGCCAGCUUAAAGUAAGAGGAACAUUUGGAUUUGUGAUGAGCCCAAAUGUGAGAUUGAUCACAGUGAUCUUGUCUACUGAUCUGCACUGUGGUGAUCAUUUGUCUGUGGAAAUUGGGGUUUGGACUUCAAUAUUAAUGAAAUUCUUGUGCAAAUAAAUUUAUGCUAAACAUUG